AGAGAUAGAGACCGAGCGAGUGAGAGAGACGGAGAGAGAAGCGGAGAGAGAGUUUGCGGUGUUUUAAGUGCUCUUCACACACAAACAGGUGCUGUUGAGUGCUGUGGCGGAGCAGGAUGGACGAGGCACUGAACCCCAGCCCCUGGCUGGACCAGGUGUCAGGGUCUGUGUCCGGCCCAGGACGAGACGCUGGCCUUCACUACACUGACGAGAUAUCAGCCAAGCAAGCGGCUUUCUACAGCGAGGUCGAUGAGGGUUGCAGCCCGGCUCCAGCUCCUCUCUCCUACAGCCCUGGUCACAGGCGAUCUCACACCAGCUAUCACAAUCGCUCGCUGUGCCCCCCACACCCCCUGGCCUGGUUGGAGGGCGCGCCCUGGGGGGCUGCGGGGGGUGGGGGGAAGAUGGGGUUCACGGCAACUGGGGUUCAAACCAUGUACCCCUCCUCCCCCCCUCCCGGCCUGGCCUCCCAGUACCUGUACGGCUAUGCCCCCCCGGCCCUGCUCAGACAGAGCGACCUGGAACCUCUGAGGAUGGGGUUCACGGGGGAGAAGCUCAGUGCCCAGGGGGUGAAGCUGGAGAGGUGCAGCCCACUGAACCCCGAACUCUGCCCCCUGGGGACUGAGCCCCUGCUGGCCUCGCCCGGCUUCUCCCACUUUGCCCCCGUACAGGGGUUCACUGCAGGGUUUUACGGGACCCCCCACUCGGGAUACCUGGAGGAGGCGACGGCAGGAAAACUCAGGAACAGGAGGAGUUUGUCCCCCUCUGAGUCGCGGGAGUGUGUGAAUUGUGGAGCCACGGCCACUCCGCUGUGGCGGAGGGACGGCACCGGGCACUACCUGUGUAACGCCUGUGGGCUCUACCACAAGAUGAACGGACAGAACCGGCCGCUCAUCCGCCCCAAGAAACGCCUGAUUGUCAGUAAGAGGGCUGGCACACAGUGCGCUAACUGCCACACUUGCACCACCACACUGUGGAGACGUAACGCCACUGGAGAUCCUGUGUGUAACGCCUGCGGCCUUUACUACAAACUGCACAAAGUGAACAGACCCCUGACUAUGAAGAAGGACGGAAUCCAGACCAGAAACCGCAAAGUCAACAGCAAAUCCAAGAAGGGGAAGAAACACGUGGACAGCUACACAGCGACGUCCAAAGGCCUGACAGCCGAGGGGAUUAGCUUCCCCUUAACCUCCGUCCCUCUCCCCAAUCCCGGGCUGUCCUUGGAUCCAGAUUACCCCUACCCUCACCUCCUCGCCUCCCCCUCUGCCCUCCACCCUCUGUCCUACUCCCCUCAACUGCACCCAAGCCUCUGCUCCAAUAUGGUGUCCACCUUCGGUUAGUGUGUCCCGUGAAGCGCUUUGAGACGUCUCAAGGACCUGAUCGAGGCGCUGGGCCAAACACCAGGGAUAUUAUUAUUAAUAUUAGGAAUGAUGUGUUUUGGGGCCAGAUAUUGAAACCCAACUCCUCUGGCCUCCUGCUCAUCCCCUCCGCUCUGCCAUCGGUGGCUGUGCUUCCAGUCACUACACCUCUGUCACUCCCUGCCCUCUACUCCUCCGCCUUCUCCCCCUCUUCACAUCACGCCUGAACACCUCCGCUCGCUCUCUCUCUCUCUGCCCUCCUAGUCAGAAGGCUGUGGAUUUGA